CUUUUAGGGCUUCGCGCAACAGCCCCACUUCGUCUCCCUCAGGACGUCUCUGAAUCUGUGAAUCAGUCCAAGUGUUUGCUGACUCUUGCAUGCGUUUCCAUUUCAACUGCACUUUGUUUACAGACCUGGGCCACAGCUGCAACAAAUAUUGAAGGGAAUAUUUUUCAAUGAGCGUCGUACCACUCUCCCAGGUCACGGUAGUAUCUCUCCACCGUACGCAACAGAAUAUGUUGCUUGCUUUCUGUCUCAACGCGUCAUCCAUUCUAGCAAGUGAUGCUUUAUUGGUCCAUUUGUCAAGGCUCGGGUCGCGAGCAAAUAGCCCCUUUCCAUGACUGUUCCACACCCAAUGGAGGAUUUCAUCGAUUUUCUUAUUGUGUUUGUCUUUGAUAGUCCUCAUCCACCAUCGUGCAGAGAAAGCCGCGAUAAUCGGGAUUACGGCUGUGUAGUUCGACGAGAUAUUGGAGCUUAUUCUUUACUGGCCCAUCAAGUGAGGCUGCAAGAACCCAUGUAAUUCCCAUUUGCGAAAAGGCAAAUUUGUUAUCUUUCCCUUCGUAAUUACCCAGAUCCAUUCCUGGGGGGACUGUCGAGAGGUUUUCAGGGCGUCCUAAUGUCAGAGUGGGAUCCGAGAAACCUGCUGCGUGGGGAAGGUCAUGUUUAGGCUCGAGUGAGAUCGGUUUCUCAGAGAUCACUUCGUCCGAUGUUAUCUGAAGACCCUCGUCAGGGUUGUAGUCUGAGUCUGAAUCGUCACUGGAAUCAUGUUUAUCGCGAUAAUUGGACAAACCAAGUACAUAAUCAAAUUCGCGGUGACCAGUGAAAGUAAGCGGAUCCAUCUUCUGUCCCUCUGAUUGAUUGAAAAGAUGGUAUGG